UAUGAUUGAAAGUAGACUUCUUGCCCGGCUCCAGCUGUCUCUAGUCUCUCCAGGAAUGAGAAGCGAUGGCCGGUUCUGCCAACGAGGAGAAAACCUACAGAAGGUUCUUGGAGCUCUUUCUCCGAGAGAUGAGGCCACCGCUUCAGGAGGACGUACCUCUACCGAUGCGCCCUUUGUCGGACUUCUUAUCGGAGGACGAGGUUGAAGGGGAAUGUCUCGACCUGUGUCUCCAGCACCUGUGUAAAUAUAACUGUCCAUUCUCCCUGGCGGCAGCCCUGGCCCGUGGCACUGCCGAUAGUAUCCUCCAGAGCGACCUGUCGGCGUACCACGUCAAUAAGGGUGUGGAGGACGGGAGUGACACUCUGCCACAGAUAGACUCUGUGAAAUUCGCCAGAUUUAUAUUCAACAAGCUCUGUGAGACGUGUUGUUUGUGGCUGAAGGACUUCCCCUAUCGCCGCCGCCCCCAGCCCUAUUACGAGACCUCCAUCCACGCCAUUAAGAACAUGCGGCGUAAAAUGGAAGACAAACACAUUGUCAUCCCAGACUUCAACACGCUUUUCAACCUGCAGGAUCAGGAGGAACAGGCCUUUUUCGCCGUGUUUGACGGCCACGGAGGAGUGGACGCCGCCACCUAUGCCGCCAAUCACCUGCACGUGAACCUGGUUCGACAGGAGAUGUUCAGUCAGGACCCCGGGGAAGCGCUGUGUCGCGCCUUUAAGCUGACGGAUGAGCGUUUUGUGCAAAAAGCGUCGCGUGAAAACCUGAGGUGUGGAACAACAGGAGUGGUGACUUUUCUGAGGGGAAGGACCUUGCAUGUGGCUUGGCUCGGGGACUCUCAGGUCAUGCUGGUCAAGAGAGGACAACCAGUUGAACUGAUGAAGCCGCACAAACCUGACAGAGAGGAUGAGAAACAGAGGAUUGAAGCUCUCGGAGGCUGUGUAAUCUGGUUUGGCACAUGGAGAGUUAAUGGAAGUCUAUCUGUGUCAAGAGCCAUCGGUGAUUCUGAACACAAGCCCUACAUCUGCGGCGAUGCAGAUCACAGCAUUUUCCUUCUCGACGGCUCUGAGGAUUAUCUGAUCCUGGCCUGUGACGGCUUCUACGACACGGUGAGCCCAGAAGAGGCUGUGCGCGUGGUCAGCGACCAUCUCCAGGAGAACAGCGGUGACACCAGCAUGGUGGCCCACAAACUGGUGGCCUCAGCCCGCGACGCUGGCUCCAGCGACAACAUCACCGUCAUCGUGGUCUUCCUGCGGGACCCCAGAGCCCCGCCACCAGCGGAGGAACCGGAGGAAGGGGAGGAAGCCGCGGAAGAGGAGGUCGCGGAAGAGGAAGAAGAGGAGGAAGAAGAGGAAGUGGAGAGCCUGCAGAGCGAGCUGGUGUGUCAGGACGGAGGGACGGACAACGGCGGGAAAAGCCGGGGCGGUUGGCCCCUCCAGCAGUGCUCGGCUCCCGCGGACCUGGGCUACGAAGACCGCAUGGAUUCGUUUACGGACAGAACCAGCCUGAGCGUCGCGGGGCCCGAUCUGGGCUUAGAGGGUGGCUAUUUCAGGAUCCCUGCUGUAUCUGGUCUCCCAUCAGUCAGAACCAUCGCUCCAGACCUCACGCCUUCCAGAGGGCCUGGAGCAGCUUGGCUUCCCUGCCAAGACGAAGGGCUCUCCGUGUACAGACACAAGCCCAGGCCCAAACCCGGCAUCCCUUCCUUUCAGCAGCCCAGCUCUGAUGGACAAUGGCUGGAAGCGGCUGCUCUCUUCUCCCAGGAAGGAAGGAGGAAGAGGAGGAUAGAGUUUGGGCCCGCCCAGAGAGAGUCGCUGCGCCUCGUCCGGAGGGCCAGGGGAUCCCGGAUCCGGCUGAACCCCUAUCCUAGCUUGCCCUACCCCCUUCGCUCCCCUGAAAGGAGGCCUGGGAUAGCCUUUCCUCACCUAAACCAUAUCCAAGGGGUCUGAUAUAGUCUACCCUACAUGCCCUUUGCCCCCUACAUAGCUGAAGUCUAUACAUUCAUUUUCAUUCAUCACACAGUGGAAACACAAUCACUCCAUCCCUACUGUCCUUCUCUCUAAAUGUUUUUCACGUGAGUCAGCCCAGUGCAGAGACACACAUUAGAAUCCACAGACCACUCUCACCGUGGUUGUAUGUUGGCUUUUACCUCAUAUCUGUUGAUAUAUACAAAGAUCAUAAAUUACCCCUCUGUCAAUUGGCUCAUUCAGUUUUUAAGCGCAAAUAAUAUGACACUGUCAUAUUAUUUCUGCUUAAACAUCUCAUCAUAUGUUUGAGAGGUUCAGUAAUUGAAGCUUCUUGAGUAAGCUGAUAAACAGAAGACUGAGAUGAAUUUAAGGCCAUACCACAGAUAUUAAGCUGUCUUCAUUUCUGUUCCCAGGUCUUAAAGGUCAGGCCAUUUAAAAAAAUAGUCUUAAAUUCGCCCGAUGUCUGCACUCUGUGAAAGAACAGGGUCAAGUGGAAGAGUCUACCUACUGUAGCUUUUGUUUACACAUCUGUUUUGGUAGACCUGGAUCUUUAGUGCUCGAGUUUCUUAACAACAAACGUUUAGAAGAGGU